UGCAGGUGUAGCCCCAGCAGUGCCACCUGUCAGUGUCCAUCAAUGCCAGCUAUCAGUGCCCAUCAAUGUCAUCUGCCAGAGCCCAUCAGUGCCACAACAAUGCCACAUAUCAGUUCCACAUAUCAGUGCCCAUCUGAGCUGCUUUUCAGUGCCACCUAUCAGUGCUGCCAGUCAGUGUCACCUAUCAGUGCUGCCAGUCAGUGCCACCUAUCAGUGCUGCCAGUCAUGCCAGUCAGUGCCGCCUAUCAGUGCCAUAUAUGAGUUCUGCCUUUCCGUGCCCAUCAGUGAUGCCUGUCAAUAUCCAUCAGUGCCACCUACCAGUGCCUCCUCAUCAGUGCCACCUACUACUGC